AUGGCGGUCGACAGCAGCAUGGCGAGCCGAUACCAGGUGAUGGAGGAACUGGGCAGUGGUAGCUUCGGCACGGUUUACAAAGCCAUUGAGAAGGCUUCGGGGGAUAUUGUGGCUAUCAAACAUAUCGAUCUAGAGUCGAGCGAGGACGACAUCGCCGAGAUCCAACAAGAAAUCUCGGUCCUGGCCGCAUGCGCAAGUCCCUUCGUCACCCAAUACAAAGCCAGUUUCCUGCGAGGUCACAAGCUAUGGAUUGUCAUGGAGUACCUGGGGGGCGGUUCUUGCUUGGACCUGAUGAAACCCGGUAUCGUCGAUGAAACAUACAUUGCGAUUGUCUGCCGGGAACUGCUUCUUGGAUUGGACUACCUGCACCGAGAAGGAAAGAUCCACCGCGAUAUAAAAGCAGCCAACGUUUUGCUCUCGCAUUCCGGAAAGGUCAAGCUGGCAGAUUUCGGAGUAGCUGCCCAGCUCUCCAACAUCAAGUCGCAAAGAAACACAUUCGUCGGAACACCAUUUUGGAUGGCGCCUGAGGUGAUCCAGCAGUCGGGAUAUGAUUUUAAAGCUGAUAUUUGGUCACUCGGUAUUACCGCUAUGGAACUGGCGAAUGGAGAGCCACCUCACGCCAGCACGCACCCGAUGAAAGUGCUUUUCCACAUCCCCAAAGCCCCGGCCCCCCGCUUGGAGGGCAACGAAUUCAGUCAAAGUUUUAAAGACUUUGUCGCCCAGUGUUUGAUCAAGGAUCCUGAUCGCCGGCCGACAGCAAAAGAGCUUCUCAAACACAAGUUUAUCCGCUAUGCAGGAAAAACAGAGGUAUUACAGGAAUUAGUCCAGCGUAAGCAAGACUGGGACAAUGGAAAGGACUUGGAGGACGAUACCAGAUAUUAUGCUGAGACUCUUACUACCUUUACACCGAAAGAAGAAGAUGACGAUGGGUGGGUGUUUGACACGGUCAAGGCACCAACUAUGAAGAAGCCGUUUAUUGCCCAAGACUACUGCGACGAUCCUUUUGUGACGACAGAGGAGCUUAGUACAAUGACUCCUCAAACCGUAUCCAAGCCAGUUGCGAACUCGACUGUGCGUCGGACGCCUGCGGCAGAGCAAUCCCCGUCUAUUAAACGGGCCAACACAAAGCGCAGGUCCAGUGGUAUCAAACAGCCACUUGGAUUGAACCUGAGUUACGGAAACAGUCCUUCUACUGUGCGCCAGUUCCGCCGAGUAUCAGACCGCACUACGAACGACUCGGCACAGAGCUACAACUAUCCCCCGGGGAUGGACGAGAACGCAGGCGCCAAGACUUUGUUUACCGAUCCUGUUCCUAACAGCAAGGAGGCCCAACUAGGACGAAGGGCAUAUAGCAAGGGAAUCGGAAUUGCUUGCCAGGAGAUCCUAUCAAAUACGGGAGACCAGGAAAAGAGAGAAGCAAUCUCGCGGCUGGCUGAGGCUUUCAGUGACCUAGAGAUGGUUGACCCUGAGGGACUUUACCAUAUAAUUAAGAUGUCCAACGAGAAGAUGCAAAGUGAUUCCAAGCUUUCUUCACUCAUCCCCGAGCCAGUGCAAUCGGGAUCGCCUCAGAAGCCCAAGCUCGUCCUCGCUCAGAACAACCCUCAUCUCAAGAGUCACCGACGUCGGCAGUCCGAACAGAUCCCGGUUGACACGAGCUUGAGCCCAUCACUGGCCAACUUGCCUGGACAGAGCGCCCCCGGUAUGGACCACACCAAACAGCUAGCUGAUGUCCUUUACCAGCGAUGGAGUGAAGGCCUCCGCAACCGAUGGCCGGCCAUUUAG